AUGGCGAGGAAGCUCACCAUAUUGGAAUUCCUUCUGUUCAUCUUCAACAUAAUUUUAGUAGCUGCAGACAUCUUCUUGUUGCUUCUCUUAUUGGAGGAAUCAGAUUCUUCAUUUAUUCCAGAGUGCCCAGAGAUCCUCGCAUCAGAAAGGAUAGACUGCACACCUGGCCAGGUUGUGACAGAGGAUGUCUGCAGGUGGCAAUAUAAGUGCUGCUGGAAUCCUGUGGCAGAUUCUGACGUCCCUGCAUGCUUCUUCCCUAGGAACUGGGGCUAUGAAGUCAGCUAUCACUACAAAAACACAAGCACAGAAUUUACUGCCCAGUUGAAAAGGAUACCAUCCCCAUCUCUAUUUGGAAAUGACAUCACCAACACCCUUUUCACAGCUGAAUAUCAGACAUCCAGUCGAUUUCGUUUUAAGAUCACUGAUUUUGAUAACAUACGCUAUGAAGUCCCCCAUGAAAACAUUAAGGUGGUUAAUGGGACUGCUGAUACCUCCAAUUUGAACUAUCACAUGGAGGUCACUGAUAAACCCUUCAGCAUCAAAAUAAUGAGGACGAGCAACAAAAGAGUUUUGUUGGACACAAGCAUCGGGCCACUCCAAUUUGCUUAUCAGUACCUGCAGCUGUCUUUCCGGCUGCCCAGCGCCAACGUGUACGGGCUGGGGGAACACGUGCACCAGCAGUUCCGCCACAACAUGACCUGGAAGACUUGGCCCAUCUUCACCCGGGACGCUACCCCCACGGAGGGCAUGAUUAAUCUGUAUGGAGCUCAUACAUUCUUCUUGUGCCUCGAAGACACCAGUGGCUCCUCUUUUGGAGUUUUUCUGAUGAACAGUAAUGCCAUGGAGGUCACCCUUCAGCCUGCUCCUGCCAUCACUUACCGUACGAUUGGGGGCAUUCUGGACUUUUACGUAUUCCUGGGAAACACUCCAGAACAAGUGGUUCAGGAAUACCUGGAGCUUGUCGGACGACCAUUCUUGCCUUCCUACUGGAGUCUUGGGUUUCAGCUUAGUCGUAGGGAUUAUGGUGGUAUCAAUGGAUUGAAGGAGGUUGUGAACCGAACUCGUUUAGCUGGGAUCCCAUAUGAUGUCCAGUACUCUGACAUAGACUACAUGGAUGGAAAGAAGGAUUUCACUCUGGAUAAUGGGGCUUACUCUGGUCUCUCAAAUUUUGCCAAGGAAUUACAUAACAACGGACAGAAAUACAUAAUUAUUGUGAAUCCUGGCAUCCUUCAAGACUCUGACUACCAGCCCUAUAACAAUGGAAGCACAAAGAGAGUCUGGAUCUUGGGGAGCAAUGGCUUUGCUGUUGGGGAGGGAUAUCCGGGACCAACAGUCUUUCCUGAUUACAGCAAUCCAGUGUGUACUCAGUGGUGGACAGAUCAAUUCACUGAAUUUCAUAAAGAUCUGGAGUUUGACGGAGUGUGGAUUGAAAUGGAUGAAGUAUCUAGCUUUCUACACGGUUCUGAUCACGAGUGUGAAUUAAACUACUUGAACUUUCCUCCUUUUACUCCUCGAGUUCUGGAUGGCUUACUUUUUGCAGGAACUCUCUGUAUGGACACAGAGCUUCAAUGGGGUCUUCACUAUGAUGUCCACAGCUUGUAUGGCUACUCCAUGGCAAGAGCCACGGACUCGGCCUUGGAGGCUGUCUUCCCCAACGAGAGAAGCUUCAUCUUAUCCCGUUCCACCUUUGCUGGAUCUGGCAAAUUUGCUGCUCACUGGUUGGGGGACAAUGCGGCCACAUGGGAUGACCUCCGGUGGUCCAUCCCAAGUAUCCUUGAGUUCAACCUGUUUGGCAUCCCCAUGGUAGGUGCCAACAUCUGUGGUUACACAAAAAAUGUCACGGAGGAGCUCUGUAGAAGGUGGAUGCAGCUUGGAGCAUUUUAUCCUUUAUCAAGGAAUCACAAUGGGCCUGGAUUCAGGGACCAGGACCCUGCUGCCUUUGGUGCCGACUCCCUGCUGUUGAAUUCCUCCAUACACUACCUGAACAUCCGCUACACCCUGCUGCCCUAUCUCUACACCCUUUUCUACCACGCUCACACCCGGGGGGAGACAGUAGCAAGGCCCCUUGUGCAUGAGUUCUACCAGGACUCGGCCACAUGGGAGGUGCAAGAGCAGUUCUUGUGGGGGCCUGGACUCCUCAUCACGCCUGUUCUAUAUGAAGGUGUGGACCAAGUGAAAGCAUAUGUACCAGAUGCCAUCUGGUAUGACUAUGAGACAGGAGUGGCCAUCCAGUGGAGGAAACAGUGGGUGGACAUGCUACUCCCAGGUGAUAGGAUAGGAAUUCACCUUCGAGAGGGCUACAUAUUUCCCACCCAACAGCCAAACACCACCACAGAGACCAGCCGGAAGAAUUCCCUGGGACUCAUUAUCGCCUUGGACUAUAAGAGAGAAGCCAAGGGCAUGCUGUACUGGGAUGAUGGUGUAUCUAAGGACGCUGUAACUGAAAAGAAUUACAUCCUGUAUGACUUCUCUGUUACCUCUAACUGUCUACAGGCAAAGAUUACAAAUAAUGAUUAUAUGGACCCUGACAACCUCAGGUUUACAGAUAUCAGGAUCUUGGGGAUGGACAAGCAGCCUACUAAUUUUACUGUCUUAUUGAAUAAUGCUGCCACCUCCAGUCCAAGUGUUGUCUACAGUGCUUCAACAAAGGUGGUAACCAUCACUGACCUCCAGGGACUGGCACUGGGACAAGAAUUCUCCAUUGAAUGGGAUCUUUUGGUCAGUGACCUGGAGAAGUUCAGCUGCUACCCUGAGGAUUCUGCUGCCUCCGAGGAGAGUUGCAAGCAGCGGGGGUGCCUUUGGGAGCACACAACUACUCCUGGCGUGCCCACCUGCUACUAUGACACUAUCCCUAAUUAUGCUGCCAGUAACAUUCAGUACCUGCCCACGGGCAUCACUGUGGACCUGAAUCUCCUGGCGGCCCCUGAGUUGGCACAGACGGCAAAGUCGGCAGGGAAGGCGGCAUUGGGGGGCGUGCCACCCUCACUCCUAGUAGCAGACACCACCUCUGAUGCUCUCUCUGCAAGGAUUGGCUCCCUCAGCCUGAGUGUGAUCUACCACACAGAGAACAUGCUGCAGGUGAAGAUCUACGAUCCCACCAAUAAAAGGUAUGAGGUCCCAGUACCUCUGAACACCCCUCCCUCACCAGUUGGCUCCCUUGAACACCGCCUGUAUGAUGUCAGGAUUCAGAUCGAUCCAUUCGGAAUCCAGAUUCGACGCAGAAGCUCCCAUGCUGUGAUUUGGGAUUCUCAGCUCCCUGGUUUCACCUUCAACGACAUGUUCCUCUCCAUUUCUACCCGCCUCCCCUCUCAGUACCUCUAUGGCUUUGGGGAAACUGAGCACACAACUUUCAGAAGAAACAUGAGCUGGAACAUGUGGGGAAUGUUUGCUCGCGAUGAGCCACCAGCGUACAAGAAGAAUUCCUAUGGUGCCCACCCUUACUAUAUGGCACUGGAAGAGGAUGGCAGUGCCCAUGGAGUGCUCCUGCUGAACAGCAAUGCCAUGGAUGUGACAGUCCAGCCCACUCCCGCCCUAACAUACCACACCACAGGAGGGAUUUUGGACUUUUAUAUGGUUUUGGGGCCAACUCCUGAACUUGUAACUCAGCAAUAUACUGAGUUGAUCGGUCGGCCAGCAAUGACUCCGUAUUGGGCCUUGGGAUUCCAGCUGAGUCGCUAUGGAUACCAGAAUGAUGCUGAAAUCUCUGAUCUGUACGAUGCAAUGGUGGCAGCCCAGAUUCCCUAUGACGUCCAGCAUGUUGACAUCGAUUACAUGGACCGGAAGCUGGACUUCACCCUCAGCCCCAACUUUCAAAACUUCAGUUUCCUGAUUGAGCAAAUGAAGAAAGAUGGCAUGCGAUUUAUUCUCAUGCUGGACCCAGCCAUUUCUGGUAAUGAGACAGAUUAUCUCACGUUCACUAGAGGAGAGGAAAACAACGUGUUCAUCAAAUGGCCUGACACCAAUGACAUUGUCUGGGGAAAGGUUUGGCCAGAUCUGCCCAAUGUAAAUGUGAAUGAAUCCCUUGACCAUGAAACUCAGGUUAAGCUGUACAAGGCCUACGUUGCUUUUCCUGACUUUUUGCGUAAUAGCACAGCUGCAUGGUGGAAGAAAGAGAUAGUGGAGCUCUAUGCAAAUCUUCAAGAGCCAGAGAAGAGCUUGAAGUUUGAUGGAUUGUGGAUUGAUAUGAAUGAGCCAUCAAACUUUGUGGAUGGAUCUGUCACUGGCUGCAGAGAUGAACUUCUGAAUAACCCACCCUAUAUGCCAUAUUUGGAAUCCAGGGACUGGGGCCUGAGCAACAAGACCUUGUGCAUGGAGAGCCAGCAGAUCCUGCUGGACGGCUCCCCGGUGCGGCACUAUGACGUGCACAGCCUGUACGGGUGGUCCCAGACCAGACCCACAUACGAAGCCGUGCAGGAGGUGACAGGGCAGCGAGGAGUUGUCAUCAGCCGCUCCACAUUCCCCUCUUCUGGCCGCUGGGCAGGACACUGGCUGGGAGACAACACGGCUGCGUGGGACCAGCUGGGGAAAUCUAUCAUUGGCAUGAUGGAGUUCAGUCUCUUUGGAAUUUCUUAUACAGGAGCAGACAUUUGUGGGUUCUUUGGAGAUGCUGAAUAUGAGAUGUGCAUUCGCUGGAUGCAACUGGGGGCAUUUUAUCCAUUUUCCAGGAACCACAACACCAUCGGGACAAGGAGACAAGAUCCUGUGGCCUGGAAUUCAACCUUCGAGAUGUUCUCAAGAAAAGUCCUCCAGACCAGAUAUACCCUGCUGCCUUAUCUCUACACUCUGAUGCAUAAAGCUCACGCUGAGGGCAGCACUGUCGUCCGACCCCUUCUCCACGAGUUUACAGAUGACAACACAACAUGGGAUAUAGACCGUCAGUUCUUGUUGGGUCCUGCCCUCUUAAUCAGCCCUGUGCUGGAAAGUAACACAUUUGAGAUCCAUGCUUAUUUUCCCAGAGCCCGUUGGUAUGACUAUAGCACGGAAUCUGGUGAUGAAUCGACAGGUGAGUGGAAAAUCCUGCAGGCUCCCCUUGACCACAUCAACCUUCAUGUCAGAGGAGGCUACAUCCUGCCUUGGCAAGAGCCUGCAAUGAACACUCACUCCAGUCGACAAAACUUUAUGGGAUUGACUGUUGCUCUGGAUGAAAAUGGGAGUGCUGAAGGUCAGGUGUUCUGGGAUGACGGAGAAAGCAUCGACACCUAUGAAAAUGGAAGCUAUUUCCUGGCAAACUUUACAGCAGCUCAGAACAUCUUGCAAAUCCAGACCAUACAUAAUAAGUAUUUGAGUGAUUCAAAUCCACUGAAAGUUGGAUAUAUUAGAAUCUGGGGUAUGAACUCUUCUUAUGUGACAGAAGUCAAUUUUAUCUAUGACAACCAGCAAUUCAUGGAGACAAAUUUCAAGAGUGACCCUUACAAUCGGACACUAACUAUUCAACUGACUGACAAGAUUAUCAGUCUGGAAAAGUUAACUGAAGUUUUCUGGGUUCAUGGUGGUCCUGUAGUUUCUACUCCAACUGUGACCAGUACUUUCCCAACGAGUUACCAUCCUUCUCCAUCUACUACUCAGGCAACCAGUACUGAGAUUGUCACUAGUUCUGCCACUGCAAGUACCAUUGCUAUCACUAGUGCUAGUCUUCCCAUCACAACUACUCCUGCCCCAACAAAUGCUAACACUAGCACUAUUGUUCCUAGUACAACUAUGCCUUUCCCUGUAAACACUACUAAUGCUACUCUUCCUGUCACACCAGCACCUUUUCUUAUGAAUACUGCUGAUGCUAACACUAGCACUAUAGUUCCUAGUACAACUAUGCCUUUCCCUGUAAACACUACUAAUGCUACUCUUCCUGUCACACCAGCACCUUCUCUUAUGAGUACUGCUGAUGCUAACACUAGCACUACAGUUCCUAGUACAACUAUGCCUUUCCCUGUAAAUACUACUAAUGCUACUACUAAUGCUACUCUUCCUGUCACACCAGCACCUACUCUUACGAGUACUGCUGAUGCUAACACUAGUACUACUGUUCCUAGUACAACUAUGCCUUUCCAUGUGAACACUACUAAUGCUACUCUUCCUGUCACACCAGCACCUUCUCUUACGACACCUUCUCUUACGAGUACUGCUGAUGCUAACACUAGCACUACUGUUCCUAGUACAACUAUGCCUUUUCCUGUAAAUACUACUAAUAAUACUACUAAUGCUACUCUUCCUAUCACAACACCACCUUCUACAAGUAGUGCUGAUGCUAACACUGGUACUACAGUUCCUAGUACAGCUAUGCCUUCUCCUGCAAGUACUAUCAGUGCUAGCACUAUUGCUAUGGUUCCUGUUACAACUCUCGCUUUCCUGGAAAGUACUGCUGAUGCUAGUACCACUGUGAUUAUUACCACUACUCCUUCCCUAGAAAGUACUACAGAUGUUAGCACUAGUGCUACUAUUCCUAAUAUAACUACUCCUUCCCCUACACAUACUACAAAUGACAGCACUAGUACUAAGGUUUCUAUUUUAACCACUUUAUCCCAUACAAGUACUGAUGAUGCUAGUCUUAAUACUAGUGUUCAAAUUACAGCUACUCCUUCUCUUACAAGUACCACUAGCAAUAGUUUUCCUAAUGUGACUACUUCUUUCUCUGAAAGUACUAAUGCUAUGAAUACUACAGUUGUUAUGGUAACUACUUCUCCUACAAAUGCUGAUAUUCCCAGCACUAGUAAUGAUGCUUCUACUUCAGAUCUUUCCCUUACAAUGCCUAGUGGUGACAGCACUACCAAUACUGUUUCUCUACUGACUACCAGCACUGGUAAUAUUGUUCCUAUCAUGACUACUACUUCUUGUCCAAGUACUGAUGCUAUUGGUACAAAUAAUACUAUUCCUGUCUUGACUACUUAUUACGAAACACCUCCCACCACUUCUACCUCUGCUCUUGCUUCUACUCCUAACUCUACUAUGCCUAUUUUGAGCAUGUUUCCAACAAAUGAUACACUCACUACUGAUUUAAUUACUAAUUUUACUACCCCUGCAGAUGUUAAAACUGACACCACAGACAUCAUACAGUUCACUACUCCUCAUUCCGCUACUACUACAACACUAACCAUAAGCCACACAACAUUAAUUUCCACAAAUUUUCCUAAUCCAGGCACCAUUGAUAUUACUGAUGCAGAUAACUCCAGCAGCAUUACAAGUAACUCUACAGACAUUUCGAUCCCAAAUAUCACAACAGCCUCAGACGCAAUAACAACUGCUGUUCUAGAUACAGAAACUCACCAUCUUACAACAACAAAUUCUAUGGCCAGUUAUUUCCCUGUUACUGCAACUAGUGCUCCCACAGACACUACAAAUUUUACCACACAUGCUUUAAAUACUACCACUCCUGAUACAACAAUAAUGGAUUCUUCUGCUACUGCAUCUACUUAUAUUGAAAAUGCCAUAAAUGCUACCCUAGUUCAAUGA